CGCGCCCCCGCUUGAAGACCGGCUCGAGCCGGUAGGCUAUAAAGAGCUGACAGAACAGUAAGGAAAUAAGGAAACGGUUGAUUUACUUUAACCUGAAGACACAGAUGUGUUUUAGGCAUUCAAGAAAGAGAGGACAGAUACAGUAACCAGGGUAACAUAAUAAGCUAUGAUUCUUCUUGUGGAUCGGACAAGAGGACAUUUUUACAUCAUGCUUAAAAAGAUGUUGCUUUAGUCCAGAACAUCGAUUCGUCUGAUCGGAAGCGGAAGAGACAGAGCUGGUAGACUAACGGUAUAGGGAGAACAUAGAAAUAACAUACCGAUAAACUAGCUGCUCAUUUUGCCAUUAAAACCUGUUCGUUAUAUUCGACAGUCGACUAUUCUGUGUCGAUCACUUUUCCGACUAGACUGAUCGUCGCUCUGUUGGUGCUCAGACCCAGCCAUGCGGGGGUUAAAGUCAGCGGUGCGGGGGUCCGGGGGAUGCGGGGGUCCGUGUGUGUACGAGGCGGUGCCAGACGGGGGCUGGGGCUGGGCGGUGGCCGUGGCCUUCUUCUUCGUUGAGGUGUUUACUUACGGGACCAUCAAGUCUCUGGGGGUGUUCCUCGAGGACCUCAUGACAGAGUUUGGGGAGAGCAACAGCAGAGUAUCCUGGGUCAUCGCAAUCUGCGUCUUCAUCGUCACAUUCACAGCCCCUCUGUCCUCGGUGCUCAGUAACCGGUUUGGGUAUCGUCCCGUAGUGAUGUUGGGGGGUUUUCUGGUCAGUCUGGGUACCAUCAGCUCUGCUUUCGUCUCCUCCAUCAACGAGAUGUACGUCACCAUCGGCAUCGUCUCAGGUCUGGGGUACUGCCUGACCUUCCUGCCCACUAUCACCAUCCUGUCCCAGUACUUCAGCAGGAGGAGGUCCCUGGUCACCGCCCUGGCCUCCUCAGGGGAGUCCUUCGCCAUGUUUGUCUUCGCACCAGCCUUCAUGGCCUUGAAGGAGAUCAUCGGCUGGCGCCACUGCCUCGUCGUCAUCGGUCUCAUGCAGGCCUCCGUGAUUGGCUGCGGUGCUCUGCUUCGACCAAUCAUCAUCCGACCUGACCAGGAAGUGUCAGGGGAGGUAUCCAAUAAGGAGAAGCUGUCCGUUAAGCUGCAGACGGUCUACGAGAUGGAGAAUGAGGACACCCAGACCAACGUUAGCUCGGGGGAGUCUGAGGACUCAGGGGAUUCUGGGGUCACCUCUCUGUCCGCCUCCAGUGCUGACCUCCGGGCCGCCACAGCUGCACAGGACCCCUCAGAGACCCGGGCCCUCAUGGAGGACCAGGGGGAGAAGAACCAGGGGGGACAGGCAGCCCUUGGAACCCCACUGAAUCAGCUGGAGGCUGGGGAGAAAGAGCAGGGUGAGGUGGGUCCCCUUGUCCAACCCUCCAGACCUAAACUUCUAGACUUUUCUGUGUUGAAAGAUGGAGCGUUCAUCUGCUACUCUCUGUUCGGUCUCUUCGCCACGCUGGGGUUCUUCGCCCCGUCUCUCUACAUCAUAGAGCUCAGUAAGAGCCGCGGCGUCCACCCAGAGAAGUCGGCUUACAUGCUCUCUGUAAUGGCGGUGUCCGAGGUCUGCGGGCGCCUGUCCAUCGGGGUCAUUUUAAACAAGGUGCGGAUGCGUAAGACCCAGGUGCUUCUGGGAUGUGUAGUUCUGCUGUGUCUGGUGCUGCUUGCCUUUACCCAGGUGACUGAGUUCUGGGGCCUGGCAGCCUGCUGCUGUCUCUAUGGCUUCCUGAUGGGCACCGUGGGUUCUACACACAUCCCCAUGCUGGCAGAGGACAACGUGGUGGGCAUAGACAGGAUGCCCUCGUCCGUGGGGGUCUAUGUGUGUAUCCAGAGCUUUGCUGGGUUGGCCGGACCACCGCUGGGGGGCCUGUUGGUGGACAAGACCCAGAACUAUGGCUCAGCCUUCUACUCCUGUGCUGUGGGAAUGGGCCUGGGCGCCAUCUUCCUCGCCAUGGUGGGGCCUGCCAAGUCUGGCCUCUGCCACCGCGGGAAGACGAGAAAACAGGAGGAAGGAGAGGAGAGAGGAGGAGAGGAGAGAGGAGGAGAGGAGGAGGAAGGAGAGGAGAGAGGAGGAGAGGAGAGAGGAGGAGAGGAGAGAGGAGGAGAGGAGGAGGAGGAGAAGGUUUCUCAGGACAGUGGAUCAACAGAUUAUCUAGAUGUUGAUCUGGUUGAGGAGACCAGUCCGGCUAAAUGGUCCCCAAAACAGGAGACCAACGUUGUCUGAACGUGGUCUGAACAGCGUGGUUGAAUAGCUAAGACAGAACCACAACCAGGUCUCCUUUGGAUCUUCUGAACUCAAUGGGACGACCUGGUUCAAUAUAAAUACAUGACCGCGUUUUGCCGACCGCUGCCUAACUGACCGACCAAGGAGAACCUUGACCACUAGAUACUCACAGGUGGUUAGAAUGGAGAACAAACACUCAACCAUCUGGCAAAUAAGAGAACAAACACACGCUGUCAAACAUGCUACUGAGAGACUGAGUGCUGGACAAACACCUCUGUGGUACAGAAUGUAUACACACACACACAUACACACACACACACACUGUCAACAUGCUACUGAGAGACUGAGUGCUGGACAAUCACCUCUGUGGUACAGAAUGUAUACACACACACACAUACACACACACACACACUGUCAACAUGCUACUGAGAGACUGAGUGCUGGACAAUCACCUCUGUGGUACAGAAUGUAUACACACACACACAGCUUUGACCUGUUCACCCUCUCAGAUGUCAUUCACACUUGCAUUGCAGCGAACAAAUGUCUUAGGUGCAUUCCUAUUGACCAAGUCUCUCUCCUCAGAGUCAACCAAACUCCAUGCAUGGCUGAGACACAGGCUUUUAACAUGAUUACCACUCUGUCAGUAGUUGAUAUAACCAUGAUACGACCUCUGUUCAUAGUUAUAACCAUGAUAUGACCUUUCUGUUCAUAGUUAUAACCAUGAUACGAACUCUGUUCAUAGUUAUAACCAUGAUACGACCUCUGUUCAUAGUUAUAACCAUGAUACGACCUCUGUUCAUAGUUAUAACCAUGAUAUGACCUUUCUGUUCAUAGUUAUAACCAUGAUACGACCUCUCUGUUCAUAGUUAUAACCAUGAUACGACCUCUGUUCAUAGUUAUAACCAUGAUACGACCUCUGUUCAUAGUUAUAACCAUGAUACGACCUCUGUUCAUAGUUAUAACCAUGAUACGACCUCUGUUCAUAGUUAUAACCAUGAUACGACCUCUCCGUUCAUAGUUAUAUCCAUGACAUGACCUCUCCGUUCAUAGUUAUAUCCAUGACAUGACCUCUCGGGUUCAUAGUUAUAACCAUGAUAUGACCUCUCGGGUUCAUAGCUAUAACCAUGAUAUGACCUCUCGGGUUCAUAGUUAUAACCACGAUGACCGUUUCUCUGUCUCAACCCCUCAGUUGAUGCCAAAGGCCUGGUAGUAACCAAGUCCUGUCUUUAUAUCGAUCACUAUUAGUAUGGUUGAAUCUGAAUGACUACUGUUAUCCAAACACAAUACCACCACAGUAUUCUGCACAGUCUGUACACGGUAUGUAUUCGUCAACAGUCUACUUCAUGUACCUAUGUGAUGUAUAAAUGUGAUAUAAAAAGUACCAAAUAAGGCCGUAGGUGAAACUAAGAUGUAUGGAUUACAGUGUGAAUGACGAGCUGUUCUGUGAUGGUGAGGAUGAAGAUGAUGAAGAGGAUGCUGAAGAUGAUGAUGAAGAUGGGUGGGUCACUGUGGAUCACUGCUUUACCUGCCAAUCAAUCAAUCAAUCAAUCAAUCAAUCAAUCAAUCAAUCAAUCAGUGGUUUUAUUUACAUUGUGUUUACGGAAAUAAAAUAUAUAAAUGGCCAAGGCCACAGUGACCAGCCAAGGCCACAGUGACCAGCCAAGGCCACAGUGACCAGCCAAGGCCACAGUGACCAGCCAAGGCCACAGUGACCAGCCAAGGCCACAGUGACCAGCCAAGGCCACAGUGACCAGCCAAGGCCACAGUGACCAGCCAAGGCCACAGUGACCAGCCAAGGCCACAGUGACCAGCCAAGGCCACAGUGACCAGCCAAGGCCACAGUGACCAGACAAGGCCACAGUGACCAGCCAAGGCCACAGUGACCAGACAAGGCCACAGUGACCAGCCAAGGCCACAGUGACCAGCCAAGGCCACAGUGACCAGCCAAGGCCACAGUGACCAGCCAAGGCCACAGUGACCAGCCAAGGCCACAGUGACCAGCCAAGGCCACAGUGACCAGCCAAGGCCACAGUGACCAGCCAAGGCCACAGUGACCAGCCAAGGCCACAGUGACCAGCCAAGGCCACAGUGACCAGCCAAGGCCACAGUGACCAGCCAAGGCCACAGUGACCAGCCAAGGCCACAGUGACCAGACGAAACUCCCUAGGUAGGUAGAGGUGGACAUUUGACUACGAAAGUGUUGAUUCCUCGACUCCUUUGAUCGUCGCCUCCGAAAACACCCUGGAGUCUUUCACCACCAUAUUAGGCAGGUAAAGACCCUGAGACAAGGAGAGAGGCCGAUCUCCCUCAGACUGGCCCAAAUGCCCUACCCAAAGACUCCCAGUCACUCAGACCUCUUGCACUGAGAUACAGGAUCUAUCAUCUCUGCUGCAACACUCACUGCUGAUCAGCUUUUUAAAAAAUUGAUUACAUUGAUUUGUUUAUAACAAAUGAACAUUUUAA